AUGUCUGCCAAAAUUGUGAUCUGUCUGGCUGUGUGCGUGUUCGGUUCGGCUUCCGCCGGUGUUGUGCCCGUUGCGGCGCCUCUUGCAGCGGCCGGAGUUGUUGCACCCUACGCCACCUCCUACAACGCCCACACCGUCAACCAUGCCGUGGCGGCUCCAGUCGUAGCGGCCGCUCCGGCCGUCGUUGCUGCGCCAGCUGCACGUUUCGUCGCUCCGGCGGCACCAGCUCUGGCGUACACCGCUGCCGGACUCCCAGCGUACAGUGCGUACACCGCUGCCGGACUCCCGGCGUACAGUGCAUACACCGCCGCCGGUCUGCCGGCCCUCAGCCCGUACACGGCUGUCGCCGGUCUGCCGACCCCGUACGUGUUCUAA